AUCCUUUUCUUUUUUCAGUGAACGCGUACAGAUCACGUCUCUUUGUUUUGUAGCUACAGUCUCUCUCGUGAAAUUUUGAGUACAACUUCCUCUUCUUGCGCGUGGGUGCGAUAGUAAUCGAGAUUUGAGGAGCUACGUCUGCCACAAAAUAAAAUAAUCUCUUUGCUUUUCAAGGGAUAAAUGGGGAUUUUAUAGAAUUACGUUACAUUUACAGGUCACCGCUUUUCAAUUCUUCUUUCUUCUCUAUUGGAAUUGCAACUCCAGAGUUCUAAAUCUGAUCAAAAAGUCACCAUCUCUGUGACUAUUUCCUUCUAAAUCCCUUUUCCUUGUAAGUACUUUUCUGUCUAUCUGAUUUCCCUUCCUUUACUUCUUUUUCUUCUUUCUGAUUUCUGGGUUUGUUUUCUUCUCAUACGUUAGACGAUAAGGAUCCUGGAUUUUGGAUUUUUCUGUCCCAAUUUUUCGAUUUUCAUCCUUUUUAUGAACUGGGCAUUCGUGAAUCGUUUUGUUCUUGGCUGUUUAAGGGGGUUAUUGCUACAAUUUGGGCUCCUAUUGAGGUAACUUUUACUGGGUGUUUGUGUUUUCUGCCGUUUGAUGUGAAACUUUUGUUGCCUGUCUCAAGUGAUGUCUGCAGAGGCAGACGUUAAAAGACAGUUGAUGAACCAAAAGAGUGAGUAUUCAUUUUCAUGACUCAUGGGCUUAGAUGAAUUUCUAGGUUGAGUUUUCUACAGUAGUAACUUACAGGGACAUCUUCUUAUGAGGAUAAUCAGGUGAGGAACUAGGUGCUUAUUUAUUUGACUCUGGAUUUUAGAGCUGAUUUAUUCCUCAAAGUGAAUAACCCCACUAGAAAUCAAAUAAAAUUUGUUGCUGUGAAUAAGGGAUUUAAGACUUAAGGGAAUCACUUGGUUGAUUUGAUUGUUUGGGAAGUCUUGGCGUUUAGUUAGAGAUAGUUAUGCAGAGGGUUCGAUUGUCAUCCCAACAAACACCUGUGCUUAAGUUGGGUGAUUCACAAAUGACAUUAUCCCCAAAGUUUAGGUUAGCAAUUAUCAAGUCUCAUCUGUUAAAUCCUUCAUCGGACUUGGAAUCAUCUCUUUAUGGGGAACCCUUAAUUCCAGGUCUUCCAGAUGAUGUUGCAUUAAACUGCCUUCUCAGGUUACCGGUUCACAGCCACGCCGCUUGUCGGGUUGUUUGCAAGAGAUGGCAUCAGCUAUUGGGUAGUAAAGAGAGAUUCUUCACUAGGAGGAAAGAGUUAGGUUUCAAAGAACCUUGGCUUUUUGUAUUUGCUUUCCACAAAUGUACUGGAAAGAUUCAGUGGCAGGUUCUUGAUCUUACUCAUUUCUCUUGGCAUAGUAUCCCACUCAUGCCUUGCAAGGAUAAGGUUUGUCCUCACGGCUUUAGGUGUGUCUCUAUCCCUCAUGAGGGCACUCUCUUUGUUUGUGGUGGUAUGGUAUCGGAUGUCGACUGUCCCCUCGACUUGGUCUUGAAGUAUGAGAUGCAGAAAAAUCGUUGGACUGUGAUGAAUCAAAUGAUCACAGCGAGGUCGUUUUUCGCUAGUGGAGUCAUUGAUGGUAAAAUUUACGUGGCUGGAGGGAAUAGCACUGAUCUUUUCGAGCUCGACUCAGCUGAGGUUUUAGAUCCUAUCCAAGGGAGUUGGAACUCCAUUGCAAGCAUGGGAACAAAUAUGGCUUCAUACGAUGCUGCAGUUCUCAAUGGGAAGCUUUUAGUGACAGAAGGCUGGCUGUGGCCUUUCUAUGUGGCUCCAAGGGGACAAGUUUAUGAUCCAACAACUAAUCAUUGGGAAACUAUGCCCAUUGGUUUGAGAGAAGGCUGGACUGGUUCAAGUGUAGUGGUUUAUGGCCACUUGUUUGUUGUUUCAGAGCUUGAAAGAAUGAAGCUUAAGGUUUAUGAUGCAGCUUCUGAUUCCUGGGAAGCUAUCGAAGGGCCUCCUUUACCAGAGCAGAUAUGCAAACCUUUCGCUGUGAAUGCAUGUGACUCGACCAUAUACGUUGUCGGUAGGAACCUACAUGUAGCAGUGGGCCGUAUCUCUCAGCUGAGCAAAAAGGGGAUGAGCGAAAAUAAGUGGAGCUUUAAUGUAAGUUGGCAUGUUGUUGAUGCACCAGAAUGCUUCUCUGAUUUGACACCCUCAAGCUCUCAGGUGUUGUUUGCUUAGGUAUCAUCCUUUUUCGGCUCCCCCCCAAUGUCUUGUAUGAUUUUGAAUAUGUUACAAUCAAAGAGAAUUAGCUAUAGAUCUGAUUAUAGAUGUGUGGAAAGGUGUUUGUUCAAAGUGGCGUGUAUCAGAGUACUGACUAUAAGUCCGUAAAUCGUUUUUUUUCUUUUUCAUCAUGAGUCGGAUGCAUAAUGCAUAACUUUAAAUUAUUGCAGUUCUAUAUAUGUUUCUCAGUAAUUAGCACAAA